AAUCAUACCUCUCUGCAAACAUCAACUUCUUAAAUAUAUCUAUCUUCCUAGGCCUUGGAAAUUAACUAACUGAGAGCUUCCAUCAUAGUGUAAACAAAAAGGGGCAACAGUUCUUGCUUCAAAUGCCUUUACACCAGGAAGAAAUUGAACCGUGCCCCAUCAACUAGAACCACAAAGGAAGUACUAGAUCCCCCAUUGACCAUAAUCACACAGGAUUUAGUGAAAAUACAGGCUUGAAUCCAGUUGGGCCACUGAAGACAAGAACCAGAUGUUUUAAGACAGUUGGAAGUUUUCUCCAUAUCUAGUUUUUUUUUUUUGAAAUAUUCUCCAUAUCUAGUUUUUUUUUUUUGAAAUAUUCUCCAUAUCUAGUUUAAAAAGAUGCAUUUUCUUGUCAUCUUUAAUGAAUGAAUCCACAAUCUAAUCAGUUGUGAAGUCUGCUCCCUGACCCCACAAUGCCCCAACAAAAGCAUUAUGAGAAUCCACCACCCGCACCAGCCAGUACAUUAUCCAGCCUCCUUGCUAGCACCUUGGCAAUAAGCAGCUUAUAUAGAUGUACCCUUCUCUGGCCAAGUUAUCUAACUCUAAUCAUAAUCGAAGGUGACUCUUCUUCUCAACUUCUUAGCCGCUCCGAAAGUAUAGAGAUGAUCCAUCUGUUGCUCAUCUCACCACUGAACCAUAUCAUUGAAGUCAGUAACUUUCAGUCACUUGUUUUCAAAUUUGAAUGAGUAUAUGCUUCAUCAAAUGCCAUUUGCUUCUUGAUAUAAAGGAAAAACGGUAUGAGAUGGUUCUUGUAAGAAGCUAUCUGAGCAGACUGAAAACCUACGAUUCAAAACAAGAAGACACCUGGCAAGAAUGAGGGCCUCUCCCUCAUAUUAGAUCACAUCCAUCUGCUCUGGCUGAAGGGAAAAUCAAUAAGAUUGUGCCUAUGAAGAAAAAGAUUUAAACUCGUCUGUGCAAGCUUGGGAAAAUUGUGUGGAAAUGCUUUUCCUAUUAAGUAUCGUCUUGAAGUCUCUCUGGUCCACCCAUGGAAAAUUCAUAUGCAUUAUAUCGGUCUCCUGAUCAUCCCAUAUAGUCUUCUUUCAACACCCUUCCCUUUUCUUUUGAUCCCAGUAAACAUUUAGCAGCAUCCAAAAGCUCUAACCAUUGGAAUGCAUGAAAUCACGUAUUUGCUUCCAUGGCUAUUAUCAAAAUACUUCAUGAAGCACUAAUUGUUGGGAAAUUACACUACCCAAAAUCUAUUAUUCUCCACAGCCGACAAGCUAAAGACUAGUGUUUAAGACAACUUGUUUACUUGCAUCAAGAAGGAUGAUAAGAACUCUUUCAAAUUAAAAAUGUGUGGCCUUGUUAAAGAUGGCAUGGGUGCUUUCAUGUGGAAUUAUCAUAUGUCUCCCGCCUCAUUAAUUUUUGUAAUAAUUUAAUAGGUUGCUUCUGAUUACAAGUCUGCUUCAUUCGUCCAAGAUGUUAUGGAUAGGAGAAGGAUGCAGUCAGAGACUCUUUCAGCUGUAUUUGAGACAUAUUUUCGCAUUCUGAAGAAUACACUGCAGUCAACUGAAGGCAGUUUAGAAGCAGAUACUAAUUUAACUGCUGGUACAUUUGGGUCACGCCCAUUGCUUGCUCCAUGUCUGAAUGGAUUAGGAAAAUUGUCUCAUCUGAUUGACUUAGAUUACAUAGGUGAUCUUAUGAAUUAUCUGAAAAGGCUUGCUUCUGGAAAUAGCAGCUGUAACAGUUCCCAGAAAUGUUUAAAACAAUUGACUGUAUCUGAACGUCUCCACUGCUGCAUUGUUGCUUUUAAAGUGAUGAGGAGCAAUCUUGAUGCCUUGAAUGUGGACCUACAGGAAUUCUUUGUCCAGCUUUACAAUCUUAUACUUGAGUAUAGACCUGGAAGAGACCAAGGUGAAGUGUUAGCUGAGGCUUUGAAGAUUAUGUUGUGUGACGAUAGGCAACAUGACAUGCAAAAAGCCGCUGCAUUUGUAAAACGGUUGGCCACAUUCUCAUUAUUCUUCGGGUGUGCGGAAUCCAUGGCUGCUUUGGUGACUUUAAAGAAUCUUCUUCGGAAAAAUGUCAAGUGCCGGAAUCUAUUGGAAAAUGAUGCAGGAGGUGGCUCAGUGUCUGGUUCAAUUGCGAAAUAUCAGCCAUAUGCCACAGACCCCAAUUUGAGUGGUGCACUUGCUUCUGUCCUUUGGGAACUGAAUCUCUUAUGCAAGCAUUAUCAUCCAGCAAUUUCAACCAUGGGGUCCACCAUUUCAACCAUGAACACGUCUCAUAAUCAAGUUUACCUCUCCACUGUAUCUCCUCAACAGGCGUUUAUGGACUUGUCAUUGGAACGAGAACCAUUCAACCCAAAGAAUGGUAUCGUAAGAUCAAACAAGAGAACAAAAGCUACUGUAUCUUCCAUGUCUUCUAAUGCUACUGAAUGUUCAGUUGAUGAGAAAGAGUUGAGCAAGAAGCUCGCUGAGCAUUUCAUACUUGUUCGUGACAUUGCCGAGAAAGAGAGAUUGCGGAGUGAAUUGGAUGCAGCUACUGCAUCCCUGCAGUUAUACGAAGAAUACAUGAAGCAGAAAAAGAAACCAAGAAGGUCGAAAACCAAGGAAAAGUUUUGAAUGUACUUUGAAAAAUAUUUUGACCAGGAAAUUUUGAAAAUGAAGUCCAGCUCUAAUUCUUCAUAAUCUUCUCUCCCUCUUUUUCUGAGUUAUUAUUUAACGCAUACUGUAUUGAGGCUUACUACAAGAUACUGGUAACAGUCAUGAAUGAAGUGGGAAAAUUGUUGCCAGGAACCUGGCUAUCUGAGAAUGAUGCUGCCUGAUGGAGUAUCUUAAUUCAAA